CAGUCGAAAACUUCACAUCGGCGAGUCAGUGAGCGUUUCUUGGCAAAACUAGUGUUAGCUGCAAAAAACGAGGGACCACAUCCAACAGACCAAGAGUCCAACAGUCAUGGUAGGAGACCACCUACUCCAGGACCAGUGUUGCCAGUGGACCAUGGAUCGACCAGAAGUAGUUUUAUCGUAAACUGAUGUCUUCCAGUGAGGUUUACAGAAAACUGUAAUUUUUAAAUAUAAUUGUUGGUUACAAGAACUGAGUCUACUAGAACAGCAGCAGACUAGAACAUGUCGUCCAAAAGAUCAUCUGAUGAGCCCGUGCAAAGUGGAGGGAAAAGACCAAGACUUGAAUCGGAAAACGAGGAAAGCAAUGACAUUAAGGAAACAUUACCUGUUCCCAUUAAGAGUAAAUACUAUCCACCAAAAUGGAUUUUCCGUGACAAAUACACUCAAGAUGGCGAUGCGCGAGUGAAUGAGCCAGAAGGGAUGGCUGGAACCAACAACAGUGAUUUGGCAACAAUAUUCUACCAUAGCAGAUAUACUAGAGAAGACAUCCAAGGAACAAGCGAUAGAAUGAAUAGAUAUUCAUGUAAUGCUGGAGCAUUGCAGUUGUAUGAAAAAGACGGAAGAAGAAAGUACACCAUACCAGGAAAAGAAGAAGUGGAAUAUAAUGCUAUUUCGUAUCCAAUCGAAGAUUUUAACGGUAAACCAACAACUCUUGGUCAUGUUGAGAAAAUCUUGAUGUUACAAGUGCUGGAUGAUUUCAUUGAAGCUGAUUCUGGGAAAUCUGGUAUCCCUCCGCGGCCUAGUGACUACAAAGACGACACAAAUACACAACAUGACUACAAAGUUUUAAACAAUUUGACUGAGAAAGCCAGUGAAUACAAACAAUAUUUAAAGAGCAAGGAUUUAAUAGUCAAGAUGUGGUCUGAACGACAAGCAUGUGACAAGUGGAAACUCAAAGGUGAAGCUUGCUCUAAGUUUAUUGAAGAUAUCUGUCCUGAGGGCAGUCAGUAUGGUUAUAUAGUUGAGUUAAAAUCCUUUCCAAGUAUGAAAGUUGAAAAGAGAGAAGUAAAAAAAAGGUUUACAAGGUUAAAAAACGCUUAUCUAAAAUACUCAAAAAAUAGAUCUUGAGUUUUAUUUCUAAAUAUCUACCGAACACCAACAUUCAUUUCCCCAGAUUAUACAAA